GCUCUCUUCUUGUGCAUGCAACAUCGGGUCUCCACUUCAUCAUCACCUCCUCCUCCUCCUCCUUCAGACAAACUUCCCCUUGUGUUCUUUCCAUCUCUUCCCUUCUCCCCCGUUACCGCGCCCUCCCCCGUUGAAGUGCUUCCACCGAGUCUCUGCAGCUAUAUGUUCAUGGAAUGUUCUGUCUCCGCCACCAUUAGGUUUUGUUUGCUGGUCCUGGUAAUGUAUGGCCUCUGCUUCGGAUAUGUACGAGGUGGUCGAGCAACUGCUCGGUUGAGGGACUGGGGGGAGCCGGAAAUUCUGAUGCCGACAGAGAAAGAGCAUGCGGAGGAGGGUGGCGGUGGCACCGAUGAGGAAACCGGCACGACGUGGGCGGUCCUCGUGGCUGGCUCUUCUGGCUACUCAAAUUACAGGCACCAGGCUGAUGUAUGCCAUGCGUACCAAAUACUGAAAAAGGGUGGUCUCAAGGACGAGAAUAUUGUGGUGUUCAUGUAUGACGACCUCGCCAUGCAUGAGCUCAAUCCUAGGCGUGGCACCAUCAUCAACCACCCUCAGGGUGAAGAUGUUUAUGCCGGAGUGCCCAAGGAUUACAAUGGCAAGAAUGUUACGGCUGAGAAUCUGUACGCAGUGCUUCUUGGGGACAAGAAUGCGGUGAAGGGAGGAAGUGGAAAGGUCAUUAACAGUAAGGCUGGCGACCGGAUCUUCUUGUACUAUUCCGAUCACGGGGGACCUGGAGUUCUUGGGAUGCCCAACUUGCCGUUUCUCUAUGCCGGGGACUUCAUCGAAGUUCUGAAGAAGAAACACUCUGCUGGGAGCUACAAAGAGAUGGUGAUCUAUGUGGAAUCAUGUGAGAGUGGGAGCAUGUUUGAUGGGAUAAUGCCAGAGGAUUUGGAUAUUUACGUGACUACAGCCUCAAACGCACAGGAGAGCAGCUUUGGGACUUACUGUCCCGGAAUGGACCCUUCUCCUCCUCCAGAAUAUAUCACCUGCUUGGGAGACUUAUAUAGCGUUGCAUGGAUGGAGGACAGCGAGACCCACAAUCUCAAGAAAGAAACUCUGAAACAACAGUAUAAACAGGUGAAACUGCGGACUUCGAACUUCAAUACGUACAAUGCAGGAUCUCAUGUCAUGCAAUAUGGCAACAAGAGCAUCAAGACCGAGAAGCUCUACCUUUACCAAGGUUUCGAUCCUGCAAGCGUCAACUUCCCACCAAACAAACUCUACUUUGACACCCCACUAGGAGUCGUCAAUCAGAGAGACGCUGAUCUCCACUUCCUUUGGCAAAUGUAUAAGAAAUCGGAAGGAGCGAUGGAGAAGAGGAGGGAGAUCCUUGGGCAGAUAAUGGGCAUCAUGAAGCAUCGGAUUCAUUUGGAUGGCAGCAUCGAGAUGAUUGGGAUGCUGCUCUUCGGACCAGAAAGAGGUUCAGUGGUUCUAAGUGCAGUCAGAGAGCCAGGCUCACCCCUUGUGGAUGAUUGGCAGUGCCUGAAGUCCAUGGUUCAGCUGUUUGAGUCACACUGUGGGUCCCUGACUCAAUACGGGAUGAAGCACAUGAGGGCGUUUGCGAAUAUAUGCAACAGCGACGUGUCCGAGGCUGCGAUGGAGGAUGCUUGUCUGACCACUUGCUACGGACGCGAGGAAGGCCACUGGCACCCCUCCAACGUUGGAUAUAGUGCGUGAUUGUGGUUUUAAAUGCACGAAGAUGUACAAUAUAAUAAAAGGUCUGCCAAAGAAGGGGAAAUCAUCCUCCGAACUCUCCAUAGUCAAUGUUUUCAAUGUUAUAGUGGAAGCAUCAAGCAUACUUCCUUUGGUGCUGUGUAAUGUAUGUUCCUUCUGCGAUGGACUCUUCUAAAUGUUGGAUAGAAAUGGGCCAUAAGGCUCUCCGAUCCUUACUGCGAGCUGACAUGAAGGGCCGAUGUGGGCCUGGUUGUGCUGUGCUGAAAUCGUCUUGUCGGGUUUGUUGCUGUCUCUGAUCUUCCUUCUGUGAUAGUCAAAAGACUACUUCUGUA